AUGCCCAAGGAAGUCAAGCAGAAGUCUGGCUUGAUCGUUGGCCUCAAUGCUGGCCACCAAGUCACCCCUCGCCAGCCAAAGCCGCGUGUCUCGCGCAUGAAGGGUCACUUGAGCAAGCGCACCGCUUUCGUCCGUGAUGUCGUCAAGGAGGUCUCCGGCCUCGCCCCAUACGAGCGCCGCGUUAUCGAACUCCUCCGCAACAGCAAAGACAAGCGUGCCCGCAAGCUCGCAAAGAAGAGACUCGGAACCUUCGGCCGCGCCAAGCGCAAGGUUGACGAGAUGACCAAGGUCAUCGCCGAGAGCAGGAGGGCCGGUCACUAA